AUCAGACACCGCUACUCUGCUUUUAUUUAAAUUAGCAUCGGACAGUGUAUAAAACGUUGUGAGGGUCAGCGAAAAUCCACUUUCAGUUUUGUUGAACUGUAUCGUGUGUAUCAUGCCUGAACCAGCGAAGUCCGCGCCCAAGAAGGGCUCAAAGAAGGCCGUCACCAAGACCGCCGGUAAAGGAGGAAAGAAGCGCAAGAGGACCAGGAAGGAGAGCUAUGCUAUCUACGUGUACAAAGUCCUGAAGCAGGUUCAUCCCGACACCGGAAUCUCUUCCAAGGCGAUGGGCAUCAUGAACUCUUUCGUGAACGACAUCUUCGAGCGCAUCGCCGGUGAGUCGUCUCGUCUCGCUCACUACAACAAGCGCUCCACCAUCACCUCGAGAGAGAUCCAGACCGCCGUGCGUCUGCUGCUGCCCGGAGAACUGGCCAAACACGCCGUGUCUGAGGGAACCAAGGCCGUGACCAAAUACACCAGCUCCAAGUAAAGCUCGUCUGACCGGCCAAUACAAAGGCUCUUUUAAGAGCCACACAAAAUUUCUUUGAAGGGGCUUUUUUUAUUCUACUACUCCAUUCUCUUAACGUAAAAGAGAUCCUUCACACUUUAACUUAAACCAUUUAACUAACUGUUUUAAUUAAGCUUCAUUUUAUGCAGCCUUAUUGCUGAAACGCCGUUAUAAUAAAUAUGCUUGAUAGUUACAACCAAGUUUCUUCCCAAAUACAAUGGAGUUACUAUUUUGCAACUUAAUCUCUACAGGGAUUGCAUAUCUAGGCAAUGUAACUGAUUGCAGACUUCAGUUUAGAUGCAUGUUUAUAAAGGAUGUGAAUAUGAAACAAAAUGAGACGUUUCGUAUUGGUCUCUGGAAUACAGACUCCCUCAAUUCGGUGCUUGAUUUAUUCAGGACAUGCAAUACCAAAUUUACUAAGUACCAAAUUAAGAACCAAAACAGACUAAACUGAAAAAUGCAUCAAAUAGUCAUUUAAGAACAGAAGAACAAUCAUAAAGGACAAUAUAACAGCAAUUUAUUACAUUACUGCAAUAUAUAAAAGCAAAAAAAGGAGACUUUUUAGAACGUGUUAACAUUGCCACGCUUUCGGAGGAAGGAAGAAUACACAUGAAGGUGCAUCACAGGUCUGACACUGCAGUGAUACGAAAACAUUCAAGACCUGACAAACACAGACUGAAAUACAUGAGAUAGAGGAUAAAUUGUAAGGAACACAGUAUAACUGAUUACAAAGAGGGGGAAACAUUGUGACAGAUGUCAAAUCAAUGAUUCCUGUUUCUUCAGAAGAUGGACCUGUAAGAUAUAUACACACACACAAAGAUAUUUAAUUGUAGAUAUGUUGUGUUUCUAUUACAGCUACUGUUUACUGUCAGACCAUUUCUCCAUCUCUAGUCUCUGUAAGACUCAAUCUCAAAUCUAAAGAAUGUAGACAUUCAUUUUACAACUGUUGGUUGGGUAUUAAAAACAAUAAUGAAUGAAUUAUUUAAAACAUAAUGCCAAUAAUACCCAUAAAACAGUGGGACAAUGAACAAGUCGGUCCGAGUAAUGUAGUGUUGUAUUCUACAUGCAAAAUGAUAAAAAGUAAUCAUAAUCUCUAAAUUCCUUUGAAUAAUUGCUUUGUGAGUGUUAAAAAAAGUGUUUUAUUGUAUGAAUUUAAUCCGGAUGAACUUCACUGGCCAUGUUGGCGUUGUCAUGGUCAAAGGCCGCGUUGGCUUUCACAAAUCCUCUUCCUCUGGCCUCAUGGGAUUGUAAAGUGUUCACUGGGUGCACACUUACUAUUGCACUUGGGAUUUUAUUGCCUACUGUUUUGUCAAUAUUGUGAACUCUUUCCACUGUUUUUCACCUGAUAAUGUAUAACCUUGUGUGUCAGAGAAACAAGUGCACGGCCCCUUAAGAAUUGAUCUUUGAAGCGGCUUGCAGAGGGAGCCCUCACCCGAGUGCUAACUCGGUUCCACUUCCUGUUUGCUCAGCAUAGAACCAGAGUACAUGUUUCACACAGUGUGAGGUAUUGCUAUUAUCCCUGCCUUACGGAGCGGCACAUUGACCACUCUGCCUGUUUCACGGAUUUGCCCCUUUGGCUUGGUUGCCAAAUUCCUCAGUGUUCAUCUGGCGGAUAACUUCACCUGGUCACUCAACACCAGUUCCAUCACCAAGAAAGCCCAGCAGCGCCUCUACUUUUUGAGGAGGCUGAGGAAAGCUCAUCUCCCUCCACCCAUCCUGACUAUGUUCUAUAGGGGGACCAUUGAGAGCGUCCUGUGCAGCUCCAUCACUGCCUGGUUUGGGAACAGCACCGUAUCGGAUCGCAAGACCCUCCAGAGGAUAGUGAAGACAGCUGAAAAGAUCAUUGGUGUCUCUCUGCCCUCUAUCAUGGACAUCAACACCACACGCUGCAUCCGCAAAGCCCACAAUAUACUGUAGUACAGGACCCCACACUUCCCUCACACACAUUAUUCACCCUCCUACCAUCUGGAAAGAGGUACCGGAGCAUUCGGGCCCUCACAACCAGACUGCUGAACAGUUUCUUCCCACAAGCCAUCAGACUCCUCAAUAACCACACCUGAAUGGUCUUCCUUUUCCAUAUGCAUUCUUCCACGUCAUAUUUAUUGUUGUCUUGUUUUUUUGUUCAUUGCAAUGUUUGCACUAGUUUGCACACUGGGUUUGCACUCUACUCCCCUGCUGUUUGCACUAGUCUGCACACUUUGCACUUUAUGUGGC